AUGGGGCAGGGGAUGAAAUGUAAGAUUCUUACAAUUCUAAUUCCGCUCACAGUCCUCGUGUCCUUGAUGAUAUGGACGGAAUCAGAAAGGCUUAUGGUCAGAGAUGGUAACACCAGGUUAGUGCUGAGAGAAAUAAACGGACAGACACUGCGUGAGUAUGUCAUCGAGCGUCAACCGCAAGAUAUGUCCUUGUCCAGAAUAGGAGAAAUCCCACCGCAGCUGUUUGAGAAUUCCCUUGUGGCGGGGAAAGUGCGGCCCAACAAAGUGAAGUUUACGUUUGCCAUUUCCUGCAUCGAACGCCAACAGAACACUACGUAUAUAUUCAGCACUAUCGACUCGCUGUUGGAUAACGCCAACUCCACGCAGAAGGAGCAAAUAGUUAUCAUUAUUCUCCUGGCUGAUUUCGUACAGGCAUCCAAACAAAAGCUGUCCAAUGCUCUCGUCCGUCGAUAUGAAGAACAUUUCGAGUCCGGUCUCAUUAGAACCAUCCAAGCUCCCAGGGAUUUCUACCCAGAUCUGGACCAUCUGAAAAUUACCUAUCACCACCCGAUGUUAAGGGUAAAAUGGCGGUCUAAGCAGAAUUACGAUUUCGCUUAUCUUAUGUUGUACAGUCGGCAUGUCGCAGAAUAUUAUCUGCAGCUCGAGGACGAUGUGACCACCGUUCCUAAUUACAUCGGACUGAUGGAGGACUUCAUGACUCGCUACAAGAUAUUCACCUGUUUGGAGUUCAGUGAACUCGGAUUUAUCGCAAAGUUAUUCCAUUCUUAUGAUCUGGAAAAACUUGCCAAAAUGUUGAUGUUGUUUUAUAAUGAACAGCCCAAUGACGUCACUUACUUACAUUUUAAUGAGCUGAUGUUACAAUUUCGCAGAAUUGUGAGGAAACCGACACUUUUUCAGCACCACGGCUACUACUCGUCGUUGUCGAUAAAACGGCGAAACACAACGGAUAUGUUCUUUGUGGGAAAUCCAAAUUUUACACUUCCUGUCAUGCGCAGAGCGUCAAAAGGAAUUCGUGGACCGGAAGCAGAAAUUUACGUAGAACGAGAAAAAUUAAUCAGACAGAUGAAGGAAAAAAACAAAAAAAUAAAAAAACGCCAACUAUUAUCCAUAUCAAAUAAGAGGCAUUAG